ACACGACUGGCUGAUAACCAUCUGAAGUGCAGCUCUUACACUCACUCAGUAUGCCACAAUUACAGUCACACUGCAGAAAGGAUCGCUCUGCAAGCUAAAGACUUACUCUUUCAUCCGCUGGAGUGGAGAUGUCUGAUUACUAGUGUCUCCCUUCAAAUCAUCCCACAGUGUGAAGGAAACCCUCCAAACCUGUUGGUGCAGGUAUGAGGAGGCCAAGAUUUGAGUUUUGACUGACAGACUGAGGUGUGAUGUUUCGUCCUGCUAAUGUGACUGCGUGUCACUGACUCCAGAGCUGUGUUAGAGCCUCGAGGAAGCCCUGCUCAAUCAGCACUGAAGGAAUCUGGAGGUAGAUCUGUGCAUCAGGCUCCGGAGCCAGAGAUGCAUCAGGGACGCCUGCGUCUGCGGCCGUGGCUGGAGGAACAGAUCGAUUCGGGCAGAUACCCUGGAGUCGUGUGGCUGGACCAGUCUGCCAGAGUUUUCCAGAUUCCUUGGAAACACGCGGCCCGGCACGGCUGGAAUAUCGAGAAAGACGCGACUCUGUUUCGAAACUGGGCGAUCCACACAGGGCGAUACAAACCCGGCGUAGACAAACCUGAUCCCAAGACAUGGAAAGCGAACUUCCGAUGUGCCCUCAAUUCCCUGACGGACGUCAAAGAGCUCCAAGACAAGAGCAUCAAGAAAGGCCACAACGCUUUCAGAGUUUAUAUUCUCCUUCCACACAGCAAAACAGUCAAAAGACGCAAAGCUUUAAGGUGUUUGGAUACUGACAGUAAAGCAGCAUCACCGCCUCAAACACAAAGAAACAUACCACUGGAGAGAUUUACAGAGGCCUUCUGGAAGUUCACCGAUGAUCGAGGCAGUGCCACGACUGAAGUGCUGAGAAAAGAUGAUCUCGAGGAGGAGAGACCAGCCAUCUACUGCUCACAGGGACUGCAGCUGAACAGACCGGACGAGCACGAGCAAACUGAAGCCGUGCUGAAGAUCGUGGAUCAUCUGAAGAACCUGGAGCACUGGAGUCCCUCGUACGAGAGCGACAGAGGCUGGAGACCCAACUCAACGUGGAUGGGAAGUCUGAGUGAGACGAUGGAUUUUUCAGGUUACUCCUUCCAGACGGACUGCAAUACCUCAUCAGGUCAAUACGACCAGAUCAGCUGAACCCGACGCUUCACACUACUCUAUCUGUUGUUGUUGUUGUAGUGCAACUGAAGGAAAAAAAAAACAUUAAUUAAUGGACAUUUUAAUCACUGGACAGUGAAAUGAUUUUGAGUAAUAAUAAAUUAUGUAUAUUAAUAAUUAUCCAGAGAAGACACUUGCCAUUUUAUUUGUUUUCCAAAAUCUUUCA